CUCCUCUUUGUUCCCUCUCGCAGAGCACUACAAACACCACUGGUUCCCCCUGAUGCCUUCCAAGGGCUCCGGGUACCGCUGCAUCAGGAUCAACCAUAAGAUGGACCCCUUGAUAGGAAAAGCGGCGGGGAUGAUCGGACUGAGCCACGAGAGGCUCUUCCAGCUCUUACCCAGCGAAUUAACUCUGUGGGUCGACCCCUUCGAAGUGUCCUACCGCAUAGGUGAGGAUGGGUCUAUCUGUGUGCUGUACGAGAGCCCUCAGCCUGGGGGGAAGGCGGCCAAACAGCUGGAGAGCAGGACCAGUUGCAAGGAGGAGUGGAGAACUGGCAGAUCCAGCCCUUCCAAGAGUUACAACAUGAUGACGGUUUCUAGUUAAAAGCAACUCUUCCUUGUACAAUGAUGUAUGUAUCCCAGUCUCAUGGUAAAGUUAGAUGUAACUGAGCUUUUUGGUUUUUUUUAUUAUUUUUUUUUCACCCUAUAGUCAUUAAUAAGUCGUGGUAGUACUGCCAAGUUCUUUGUGGGCAAGGGCUAAUGUAUACAGCAGUUUUUACACUGCAUGUUACUUUCUGGAUUGUGUCCUGUAAAUGCACUGUACAGUCGGUGGAUCGUUUUACACAUUUAUAUUUUCAAAGAAGUUCUGGCUAUUUGUAAUAAAAAGCAAUAUUGUAGCACUCUUUAUGAUGGAUUUUAGUCAAGAUUAGCACUUACUAAAAAAAACCCCCACAUUCUGCAAUUUGCAGAGCAAUAACAUGAAGGGAGGUGGGAAACAGAUCUAACAAGCUGCACAUAAAUCUUGUGAUUUGUCUGCACAGGCUUCUCUCAGGGUCAUUCAAGUUUGGCUGCGAGGCACAAAUCACAAAAGUAACUCUUAUUUUUCCUUUUUCAAAGCAUGCAUUUAUUUGAGGGAUGGAUUCCAUCGUACUCCGACGUUUAGCAAAAAGAAUUGGGGAAUUAGUCUGUCUUGUUAUUUGUAGUUAUUUCAGUAGAAGAAUAAAGACUUGCUCAAACUGC